UUGACGGUGCUCAACCAACAUCGACGGUGCGAAAGCGACGUCCAUCUUUGCCGGGAGUGCGCUCUGAUGCAAUACAACGACGUGCCGAGCCCAGCGCUAAGCGCCCAAGUUCCGGAUACGUCUCGACGCGCGGAAGGCUAUCUUACUGCCAGACGCUCCGCUACUAACAGAGGCUCCGUUACUAACAGAGGCUCCGUUGGCUCUCGGCAGUCCGAUGACUUGCGAGGGUCGGACGCGGUAACCUGCGAGGGUCAGAUGCGAUGAACUGGGAGGGUCGGUCGCGAUGGCCUGCCAGGGUCAGACG